CGAUCACGUCCAGGACACCUUGCUCUGGCUCGUCUGUAUAAAAUACGGAGAGCACAAAUCGAAGACUGUACAUCAUGUUCGAUCGGUAUUUACAAUAUUCUCCUCGGCCAACAGUUCCGAAGACUUCUCAUCCUUUCAAAAUAUGUAAACUGUUUUUAUUGCCUCGAGUUGCAACAUUUACAAGAAACCUGGAGUCCUCGAUUGCUGGCACCUACUGCUCGGGCCUGAUGUCAGCUACUAUUGUACAAUCGAGUUUAAAUGGAGAAACCCUUCUGAAACCUGGUGAUGCUGAGCUCAGGAUUCAUAGCAGUACGAAAGUGACAGCUCAGGAGAACAUAUAGAAAUAUAGAGCCGUUUAUUCCUCUCCUCACCUCCAGUCCCAGUUGCAAAAUUAAGCUCCUCUCGUCAAAGUGUCCAUAUCGAUCCAUCACAAACUCAUAUCUUUCAUUUCAAAAGCUUGAAGCGCUUCCUUGCAGGUCAUGUCAGAUGUUGGCUCCGCUGGUUUUCGAGUUCUUCCAUGUCACACGUUCAGUCAAUUUUUUCGCUCGCUUGAAGUUUCUCCUCGAGAAUGCGGAAUUUGUGCUUAAGGUCUUCCAAUUCAGUCAACCGUUUGUGCACGCGGUUUAUCACAGCAGCCAGGAGGACAAUGGUGCCGAGCAUGAGACACUCCAAUUCGGAAUUACGUUGGAGGGCUGACUCCGCCAGAAUUACAUUCAUGGCUGCUCCACUCGCUUUCAGAUCGUGUAGUGCAGUCGAGUGCAGAUACGUGUAAACCGACAAUCCAAAGAGAACGCAGCAAACGACGUGCAAAGUCCUCGUGACGUGCUUUCCUCCGGAACUCCUGCUGAAACUCAAUAAAAAUCUCGCCAGCCUUGCCACGGGCGUCAGUAUCGUUAUCAUCGACAGCAGGAUCACCCAUUCUGCUAUCACAAUAACGAAGUAUAUGAAUGGCAUCAUCGUAUUGGUGUACAUCGAUCACUGUGAUGCAAUCCAGCAGAUCAGCUGGGCUAGACCUGAAUUCUUUUUUUUUCGAUCUAGCUACUCCUGAAUGCAAUGUGAUCACGAGCUCUACAAUACAGCCAGACUGACUCACAGUACGAGAUCAGCUUGUGCUGCCCACAUCAAAGGCACUCCCACCAUGGCCACCGCGGCUAGAAUUUUCAAAGCCGAAGCAUUUGACGGGAACGGUGCAGGACUGCAGACUUCGGCUCCGUCACAAGGAGAACUACCUCCUUCUCUCGUGAUCGAAGGCUUUUAUCUUGAUGUAUAACGAGCGGUUUGAGUGCUGCUGAAGAAGCGAAGUGUUUUCAAAGAUUCCUCGAUAGAGCUUCGGCAGACGCGGGGGCGGAAUUUCACUGUCCAUUAUGUAUGCGUCAAAGCGGAGUCAAGGGAGUCCUCAUCAAUGUCACUGAACGU